AUGGAGCGGCACUACAAGUGGAUCAACCGUCAAAUCACCAACGCAGCCGAGUCUGGCGACGUCGGAUGGCUUUUCGACGUCAUACAGGAGCACGUGGACGGGAUGAACCUGAUCAACUGCUCCACCGCCUUGCACCGCCUCGCCAAGCUGGCCAUCGGCAGCAGCGUGAAGGAGCGCGAGGGCCUCGUGGAGCACGAGGCCAUUUGGCGCCUGCGCGGGCUGCUGGCGGGGCACGUGUCCGAGAGGGCGGGGGCCCGCGGCGGGGGCGCGCGCGGCGGCGAGUUGGCGUCCGAGAUGAGAUGCCUGAGCAUCAUCUGCUGGUCCUGCGCCACCAUGCGGAUUCGAGAGGCGGGCUUCUUCCAGUACGUGGCGUCCAUCUCCAGCGAGAGGCUCUCGGGGAUGAAGCCGUUCGAGCUGUCCAACAUGCUCUGGGCCUUCGCCAAGCUCUCGUUCUGCCACUCCGGCAUCUUCGAGGGGUUGGCCCCCCACCUGCUGCGCCGCCGGCCGGGCCAGAUCAGCCCGCAGGUCCUCUCGACGAUCGUCUGGGCCUUCGGCACCGCGAAGGUGCACCAGGCGGCCCUGUUCUCCAGCGUCGCGCGCGAGCUGUCGCAGCACACGUGGAACAUGGGCCCCCAGGGCAUCGCGAACACCGCCUGGGCGUUCGCGCGCGUGCGGCACCAGGAGCCGCGCCUCUUCCGCCUGCUUGCGGAGGCGACCGCCCAGGAGUCCGUGCUGUGGAGCUUCAAGCCCCAGGAGCUGUCGAACAUCGUCUGGGCGUUCGCCACGGUGGGCCUGACGCACCCGCCCCUGUUCGAGAGCAUCAUGGAGGUCGCCGUGCGGCGCAGGACAGAACUACCGCCGCAGAACAUCGCCAACAUGCUGUGGGCGUACGCGAAGCUGGAGGUGCCCUGCCGCUGGCACCUCUUCCCUGCGCUCCUCGAGAUCACGGAGGGGCACCUCGGGGCGUACAAGCCCCAGGAGGUGUCGGCCAUCCUGUGGGCCGUGGCACGCGAGGUGAAGUGCAGCCCGUCGUGCCGGCACUUCUUCCUGGCGGUGCCCCGCCACUUCGAGGGCCGCCUGAAGGAGUUCACCUCGCAAGGUCUGGCGUGCAUGGUGGAGGCCUACACGCUAGCAGAGGUGGACGGCCUCAGCUUUUUCGACAGCAUCUUGAGGGAGAGCAUGAACAAGCUAGACAGCUUCCAGCCGCCAUCACUCUGCACCCUCUUUCGUGGGGUCGCUAUCAAGGCUGGCGGCCCGAGGGGCCCUCCUUGCAGACAGGAGUCCUCGCACACGUCGGAUCACCUCAGGACCAUAUCCGACCACAUCGCCGCCAGGUUGCCCGAGAUGCAGCGGCAUAACCUCGCGCACCUGGCCCAGAGCCUGGGCCUCCUUCCCACGCACUUGCAGGUGACGAGCGCCGUGAGGCUUGCGGAGAGCAGCGCCAUCCUGACCGCCAGGCACGCCCAGGGCGGCCCCGUCGAGCCCAUGGGCCUGACGUGGGCAGCCGACCCGCAGGACAGCCAGGAAGUGCAGAUCCUGGACGCCAGCGACGCCCCGACGCCCAGUCGGGGCGGUCCUCCUGGCUCGCCGAGGCGAGGCGGGAAACGGCAGCCCCAGUGGCAGGGCCUCGAGUUGUGCUCGCCGCCGCCGUCGCGGCCGCAGCUCUUCCUGGAGCUGCGACCGUCGCUGGCCGCCGGGGACGCCCUCGAGGACAUCCUGACCGUGCCCAGCCCCCGCGAUCGGCAACGCAAGGCCCACGAGGCCGCGGGCGAGGGCGCCCUGGACCGAGCAGCUGUCCUAGAGGGCCCCUGGCCGGAGGCCCUGGCUCUCGAGGACGAGGGCGCCCCGCCGCCCAAGCAGCUCCCCCCGCGCGCGGCCCUGUGCACUCCGCCGGCGGGGGCCGCCGCGGAGCCCGCGGAGGACGAGCCCGAGCUCCCGUCGGAGCCAGCGGAGGUGUGGCCGCCGACCCCCGACCAGUCGCCGCAGAGCUCGCCGCGCCUCGGCCACGAGGCGGACUACUCGAUGGCAGUCUUCGUGUUCUGA